AGCUAUCAAWGUGUGCUUCCUAAACUUAAUAGUGCUCACUGCAUGGUUUUUAUGGUUGAAAAGGCCGACGUUAUUUCAGUCAAGUACAUGCGUUAUUUGUAAUAUACAUGUACAUGUGUAGUUAGCACUUGUAUUCAGGGCACUUAACACCCAGUCAAUACAUCUGCAGUAACUAAACUUUAAUUCCUAAGGAAAAGACUUAACGCUGGAGAAARAAACAGUUUUAAAAUGCAUAGGAAGCCGAUUUCGCAGAAWUUUCAUGAAAACGGCAACGCCAUGAAAGACCACAAAGAGAAGMGAAAAAAGGAUCCUGAAUCUUCCCUUCUUCAUCUUCUGCGGGAUUUCUGUGGUUACACAAGCUGGGGAGGUUUGGGUCGAGUAGUCGGAACAAAGUUUAUACUGUUCAAACUAUUGUGGCUGCUGSUGUUUUUAGCUGCUCUUGGAAUGGCGGCAUACCAAGUCACACCGCUGUUCUACAAGUACCGCAGUCGACCGAUCAACACUAGAAUCUCAUUGCAUCAUAAUGCGACCCUUGAGUUUCCCAGUGUUGUGUUCUGCAACUUCAACAUGAUUCGUAAAUCCAAAAUUCCUGAACUUCCAAAAAAUGUCAUCGAWGCUUUGAGUWUGUAUGUAUCAGGGGACACUMAACUGGAAAAAGAAGAAGAAGAAGAAUACCAAGACGAUGAAGAUAAUGGAUCCAAUGGUGAAGAGUACGAAGACGAGGACGAUUACGGAGAAUACGAUGAUGAAAUAGAUCCAGACUUGUUAGACAAGGUGUACAARGCAGAAGAAAGAUUGUCAGUUUUAAUGGCUGACAUUGAUGUAGAAACUCUUAAAGAAAUCGGUCAUCAGUUCAACGAUACGAUUUUCACUUGUACAUUUAAAGGAGUCGAUUGCAGGAAUUUCAAGAAAUUCUGGAGCCAAUUUUGGCAUUACAAAUAUGGCAACUGUUUUGUAUUCAACCCUUACAAGAUCACUAAAGGAAAUCAAAGCAAAGUAUCAUCUCUCAGAGCUACAAAACCUGGACCCUUGUACGGUUUGACUGUCGCGUUGAAUAUUGAGCAAUACGAAUAUGUUGAUGACCUUACGCAAAGAGCUGGUGCAGCGGUGCAGAUUGUAGAGCGCGGUAAAAUGCCAUUUCCAUAUGAAGAAGGCAUAAGCGUCGCGCCCGGGUUCUCCACCUCCAUUGGUCUACGAAUGUUACAUGUUCACCGUGAAGAUCGUUUUAACAACGGUUCGUGCAUCAAGAAUAUCACAGUUCCAGAAACUAAUGUCUAUGCGGAAGACUAUAACAUCACUUACUCAAGGACGGCCUGCGAGCAGUCCUGCAUAGCUCGAACGCAGAUGGCCGAAUGUCAAUGUGUAGAGUACAAGUAUCCUGGUGCGAUUGGUUUUGAAUUCUGUGACGUCCUCAACAAAACUGUUGUGGCGUGUCUGAGGAAAGUCGCAAACAAAGCAAAACUUGGCAGACUUGAUUGCUCUUCUUGUCGACCUCUUUGCUUUGACAAGGUGUUUAAAGUAGCAUCGUCCUUUUCCGUUUGGCCUUCAAUGAAAUACAAGAAAUCGUUGUAUCGAUCUGCAGAUGAAACGGAUGAAGUGCAAGAAGACGAUGAAAAUGUUACAGAAUCAACUGACAAUGAUGGAGGGUUUAUGAGGAAAGAGAAGGCUGCUACCCGCACAAGCAACAACCUCUUAAAAGUUCAAAUCUAUUUUCAAGAAUUAAACUUUGAAGUUAUCGAAGAAACUGUAUCUUAUCAGGUUGAGAACUUUUUGUCUGACAUYGGUGGCCAAAUGGGCCUGUGGCUAGGUGCUUCGUGCUUGUCCGGAAUCGAAGUAGCCGAAUUGUUGGUUUAUAUGGUAGCGUAUCUACUGGGUAGGAAAAACAGUGACCGCGAACAUGAUGAAGAAGCCAUACCUAUGGAAGAGAAAAUGCUUGACAACAAAGAAAACAACGAAUGUUUGUCAUGAUGGACACUUUUGUACCAAAAGUAGUACUUUUCGAUUGUCUUUGUUUUAUUCGGAUGUUUAGUUAGUUUUUUUCUUAAUUUUAGGAGCAUUUUUAAAUAAGUUAACUUAAAACAUCAGUCAAAUAAUAUGUAUAGUGAUUAUAUCAGUGUUGCCUUUUGUUCUAAAGACCCCMYUGUAAGUAACGCAGUUUGCUUUUURGGUUUUCUAAGUUUUUAUUUSAUUAGCUCAAAAUGCUUAUKAUUUACAGAUAUUAUAGUAAUUAGACAAGUCAAUCAAUACGCCAUAUUGGAAUUCGUUAAGAAGUCUAAUUUCGUCUGAACUCUCGUUCCUUAUAUCACUUUUACGACCAAAAAGUCGCUAGCUAAAGUURCCCCAUAUAUAGGAAACAAUCAUCGAUUACGACGACCUUCUGCUGAAACAAGAUUGUGUACUAAUGCUGAAUAUACUGUACUAAUAAAAUCACAUGGAAAAGAUCAUCCCA